UUUGCGUUCGUGAUCGCGUAGUGUGUACCUUGGUGCGGGUGGAUAUUUAUUAUUAUUUACUAAACAGACAUGCAGGUGACAGUGUUUUGCGUGAUUUUGCUUACUGUGCUCUCACACUACACCCUAGGGGAUGAGUUAACCAACCGGGCCAAGAACAGGGGAAAAGGAUCCAUGUGGUGGGGCGUAGCGAAAGCAGGGGAACCCAACAACCUCUCCCCCCUAUCGCCUGGAACUUUCUACUCAGGCUCGUCGGUCCACACGACUCUGAGAAAAAAACAAAAACGAAUAGCACGCGAAAAUCCAGGACUACUAGACGCAAUCUCUAAAGGAGCGAACAUCGCCAUACAAGAAUGCCAGCAUCAGUUCAGGAACGAGUGGUGGAACUGCACCACUAAGCAGUUCCUGCGAGGGAAAAACUUAUUCGGAAAAAUCGUCGAUAGAGGUUGCAGAGAAACAGCUUUUAUCUACGCAAUAACCAGCGCGGCGGUUACGCACGCCAUAGCGAGGGCUUGCAGCGACGGCGCCAUAGAAACGUGCAACUGCGAGUCGCACUACAAAAACCGCCCCCAGGUGAUCGGGAACGGCAACAGCGUGGGGGCGGUCAGGGAUUUCGAGUGGGGCGGCUGUUCCGACAACAUCGGAUUCGGCUUCGCCGUCAGCAGGGAGUUCGUCGAUACUGGGGAGCGGGGGAAGAGCUUGAGGGAGAAGAUGAAUCUACACAACAAUGAAGCUGGCCGAUGGCACGUUCAAUCUCAAAUGAAGAAGGAAUGCAAGUGCCACGGCAUGUCAGGUUCGUGCACGGUGAAGACGUGUUGGAUGCGCCUACCUCCAUUCAGAGUAAUCGGGGAUCUAUUGAAAGAUAGAUUCGACGGCGCGUCCCACAUCACCUCCUCCAACUCCGGCAUCCACAACUCCAACAAGGCUCACAGCAAUCGGCUUCCGAAACACUCCAAGAGCAACAGCUUGAUGACCAACAGCAUCCACGCGAAGAGGGAGAACAGGAGGAAGCACAAGUACGGCUUCCAGCUGAAACCUUUGAACCCCGAACACAAACCUCCAGGGUCCAAGGACUUGGUCUACUACGAGAUGUCCCCAGGUUUCUGCGAGAAGAACCCCAAGUUGGGGAUCCCCGGCACAUACGGCAGGCAAUGCAACGAAACGUCCAUUGGUGUGGACGGUUGCGCCAUCAUGUGCUGCGGCAGAGGUUCGAUACCGCAAGAGGUCAUAGUGAAAGGUAGAUGUAACUGUACUUUCCACUGGUGCUGUGAGGUUAAGUGCGACAUAUGCAAAACGAAAAAGAUCAUCCACACGUGUGCGUAAAGUAGGACUUUUUGCGGACGGCGUUAUUUCGACGAUAUCUAUUUAUUAUUAUUUUGUACCAUAGCUGUAACGUACUAGAGUGCCAACAGUUCGAAAUGAUGCCGUUUCGAGUUUUUGAUCAGUAUUAUGAAAUUUGAUGAUGAAAAGACUGAUUUCGAAUUUUAAGAAUGAGUCAUUAUUUUUUUGUAUAUAGUUAUUUAUGUGUCGAUAUUAGUUUUACUUGUUUCCUUAUUUAUUUAUCAGACAAUGUACAUAGAAAAAAUCAGCAGGUAGUGUAUCUCAAAUUUUGUAAAUGUACCUUAAUUUAUUGUGCUGUACAGUAAAAUUCUUGUAUAUAUUUUUGUAGCCUAAUUUGUAGAUACCCCGUAUAAUUAUAAUUAUUACUUAUUUAUAAUUUAAACGUACUUGUAUAUUAUUUAUAUUUUAUUCUUUUUGUAAAGUUAUUAUUAAAC